GCCGGCGGCUGCUGCUCAUUACCGCCACACGUUUCGCGGACGCCGGUCGACCCUUGCCGUCGUCGUCGUCGUCGUAUCUCACACGCGUAUCGCUCGCACACAGCACACACUUUCGUUCGUCUACGCAUUAUUAUUAUUUAUUUAUUAUAUUUUUCCGUCGUACGCCCGAUAAUUGUAUCGCCCCCGUGUUUUUUUUUUUUUUUUACUAUUUUCAUAUUUUGUUUGACCCGCGAAAAAAGUACGAUUUUUUCGCCAAAUUUUUCCCACCCAUACCGAUGGUCUGGGGCAUUGCGUAGCCGUUUCAUAGGUUUUGACGUUUUGUGGUUUUUUUUUUUAAAAAUAUUUUACGAACUUUUUUUCGCUCGCUGAAACUUUUUUUUCCCCCGAUCAACUACCGGCCGUCGUGGUGCAGCUCUCUGACAUGAUGCCAGAAAUCGCCGUUUGAACGCUCGACCACCGCAGAGUUCUCAGCUAACACACCAGAUAGCCUGUACCUGCCACAGCGCAUCGACUGUUUUUAUUAUAUAUUACGACAUAUAUCGACAUCCUUCACACAAUGGAAGUAGGUCUGAAGAAAGAGUCACCGAUCACGUACAGUAACGGCAAGCGGCUGUUUACGAUCGAUCAGAAGGUGGACGCGCUGGUGCGCAUCAAAAUGACAGGCUGCUCCAAGGCCGAGGUAGCCCGGAGCCUGCACGUGGCCGAGUCCACUUUCCGCGGAUGGUUCAAGAACAAGGACAUUGUGAUGAAAGCCGAGGCCAAGUACAACGAGAUGAAGACCAAGUCGUCUAAUGCUUCGUCGGACGGUUACAAAUCGGACGACAAUUCCAAAUCGUUCUCCGUAGACGGGUCGGACAACAAUUCGUCCACGUGCUACACGGAAGACCGGGAGGGCAGUCGGUCCCGUUUCAGCAGCCCGGACCCUUGCGCGCCGAAUGCUCCCGUCCGUCGCAGUCCCGAAAGGCCUCACCUACUUCAUCACAACAAACAGAAGCUUAAAAAACCGCAUCACAACAACAGUCUGAGCCUGGGCAACAGCAACGGCCUGCUCAACGGCACCCUGAACGCCAGCCUGAACGCCGGACUCAACGCCAGCCUGAACGCCGGACUCAACGCCAGCCUGAACGCCGGGUUCAACGCCAGCCUGAACGCCAGUCUGACCGCCAGUCUCGGCGGCGGCCUCGGCAGCGGGCUCAACGGCGGUCUCAACGGCAGCCUCGGCGGCGGUCUCGGCCACCUCACCCAGCAACAGCAACUGCAACACCACCUGUCGCAGCUCGCACAUCACCCGCUGCACCAUAACAUAUCGUCGUUGACCGGCCUCAAAGGCAGCAAUGCCGCAGCAGCCGCCGCGGUCGCCGCCGCCGCAGCGGCCGCCGCAGUGGCCGCCGAUCACCCGAGCCUGAGGCUCAGCCCCGCCGAGCUGCAGAGCAAGAUCAACAACUACUUCAGCCCGUCGCCGCUGCUGGCGACUUCACUACCAGGUUCAGUAAACUUUCUAUCUCCAAAUUUCACCACGGAAAGUACCACCUACAACAAAUCCAGCAGUUUCAUCAAUACUAUGGUGACGGCCACGCUGAUGGAGCCGCAAGCAUUGGAUCUGUCCACGCACUCGAGAAAUAAGUGUAAGGGUUCCAAACGAUCAUUAACCACAACCACGGUCACCAACACCACCACCACACAAACGAGCCCGAAAAUACUAAGGCACAAUUCUUACAGAAACCUGUACAAGCCGUAUAGCAGGUGCACCGACGACAUCGUACAUACUAGACAAGGUAUUAACCCGAGAAAUCCAUUGUGGCCAUUGCAGUAAACCGAACGAAGAUAUCAAGUACCUAAAUCAUACUCGUCUUCGCGGCUUCUCGGAAACAGAUCGGAACGCGUGACGAAGAAUUGACCUGUUCGUUUUACACACACGGAUCAGCCCAUAAAGAUUUUCACGAGGACAAAACAAAACACUCACCGGACGAUCAUCUGUCCCGCGUUCGUCCGUCGUGCACACAUCGCAACGUUCGUCGUUUCACCGUGUAAAUUGUAUUUAUUGUACAUACAAAAUGAUGUAGAUAUAACCGUGUUUAAGACUAUUUCAGUUUUGUUUCUCAUUGUAAAUGUAUAUUAUAUACAUAUAUUUAUGUAUUGUGUAUGUAAUCGUAAGUCUAGUUGUUAACUGUACAUAAACGUAUGUUCCGAGGAGCGCUCUGUGUACGAGAUAUAAAAUAUGAUUCUUAAGGUAUUCUAGAAGUUUAAUUUUUGAGAACGAAGAAGAAAAUCACACGAUAAUUUAUUUAUUAUAUACAAAUAUACCAUUACGCAAUGGUAAUCUUUUUUUUUUUUAUAUGCUCUAUUUUAAA